GUGGCAUCUCCAGAUGACUGCUUCCUAGUUUGUCCGUUGAGUGGCUACUGCUUCCCCAAGAACAAUACCGUCAACGAGGAGGUGCAAAAUGAUGCACCUCCAAGCAAUGAUUGGGAUCCUGAGCUGAGCGUAGCUCAACAAGUUGGACGAUGGUUUGAACAAGGAUACUUCAUGAGUGAGGAUCAAGCAGCUGCAAAGUUUGGUGGAGGACGCCGAUCGAAGUGGUAG